CCUGAACCCCAACCCUCCGUGCCCUCCUGCCUCCGUGCCUUCCUGUCUCGUCUCACCUACCCCUCAAUCGACAUCAGUCGAGCUCCUUCCAUCCUUGCAUCCAUACACUCCGUGACUGCCUUGGUCUUGACCUCUGCCACUCUCCCACUCUCCUCCUCUCUCCGUUCUCUUUCUCCCAAACCAUUCCUCAACCUUGCCUACCACACCUCAUAGCUGUCCCGCCUUUACCCUCACUGCCAACCAUUCCCUGCACAACACUCAUUGGUCCAAGGUGAGCCUCAUCGUGACCUUCCCACCACCGCACGCACAAACACCCUCAGCCACACAGACCUCUCAAAGGACAGGUCAUUGUUUGUCCCUGCGAGAUUCCAAACCAUCCACCAUUCAACUCUCGUCUUACCAAUCUUAUAGUGAUCAGAUCCCCAACAACUUCAUAUCAAUCAUGUCGGCCGAUACUUCAGACCUCACAAAGGUAGACUCCGCUAUUGGCGGUAUCUCCGGAUCUCCUCCCAAAGAAGGUGCCACGAAGCGAAGAACAACAUCCAGUGCUCCUGGUGUUUACAACAUCCUUGACCUGGAGAAGGAGGGCACCAAGAUUGAGGUUGCUGCCGAAACGCAGAAAACAGGAUGGAAGCUCAACACAUCAACGAGCACGGUGGAAGACCCUACCAUCCUGAAGAAGAUGCUUACCACGCCACCCGUCAAGAAAAUUGAUCUACACUUCCCUCUGGGGCUUGAAGUCACUGCACGGAACCUGAAAGGAGUCACAAUCAAGGACGCAUUGGAUGCUAUUCACAAGCAAUUCAAGAAGAAGGCGGAUGACGAGAUGGAGGAGCCAUACCUGAAGGGAUUCGAAUGGGAUCCCGAAGAGUCAUGGACCAGACUGAAGGUGCACACACAGAAAGAGGGUCUGCCGGCCGCUAAAAAGGGCAAGAAGAAGGGCGGUGAUGAAUAAAUCAACGAUUCAUCAAAUUAUCUCCGUGUGUGGCUCAUGCCUGCGGACAAACAAAGAGACCAACUCAAUACUUCCUACAAGAUGAACAUCGGAAGCCCGAUGAUAUAACCUACCAACAAUUCGGCUUGGUGAUCGACACAAGCUGGCAUGAUGCUGUAUUUUAGCUCUCAGGAGUCAGGAGGUGCAGAAAUUCUGGCGGAUUGGCUGGAUGAUGGCCUACUGUGUAGCUUCAGUCACAAUGACAUUACCUUGACCUGAAA